AUGAACAACUAUGAGUUACCUAAUGAUGUAUCUUGGUGCUGCUUAAUGAGAUGGCUAUCAAUAAGCAAUGUUCUUGGCAGUUUUUUUGAGUUACUUGAUCCAAUCAAACAGUUUAUGGAAGAAAAAGGAAAAUCUUUUCCUGAACUUAAUGAAACCCAGUGGUUGUUAGAUUUGGCUUUUUUUACAGAUGUGGUUCAGUAUUUACAAACUCUAAAUAAAUCUUUACAAGGAAAGGAAAAACUUAUUUCUGAUUUGGCCCAAACCGUAUUUAGCUUUCAUCACAAGUUAAAGCUUUUUACAAAAGACCUUCAGACAAAAACAUUUGCUCACUUCAAAUGUUUGAAGAAAAUAAGUGAAAGCUUUCCCGACAUUCCGGUGGAAACUGAAGAAUAUAUGAAUAAGAUGUCAGGCCUUGCUGAAGAAAUCAAUCGCAGAUUUAAUGAUUUAAGAUCACUUAAACCUUCAUUUUCAUUCCUGGAAAAUCCUUUUGCUAUUGAUGUUGUGAGCGAUGGCUGUCCUAUUUCAUCACCAAUAACAAAGGAUACAGCAGCUGUAGAGUUGGAGUUACUAGAACUGCAAGAGGACGAAAGACUAAAAGGACUUGAACGAAGUGGCGUUUCUACCAUAGAAUUUUGGAAAAAUGUCCCAGAAAAAAAAAUAAUCACAUACAAAAAAGUGUGCUAUGAGACUUAUUUCAAUCUUUAG